UUCCACGUUCAGUAAUCUGACACCGUGAGCCUCACAGGAGAAGGAUGAACCCUUAACUCUGCUGGAAGGACGGAAGGAAGGAACACUCGUCCAACGAGAGGCAAAGAAGCCAGGACAGAGUUGGAGCAAAACGCUGACUCCCAUAAAAAUAACAAGAACCCCGUGGCAGCAGCAGGAGUAGCAGCAGCAGCGGAGGAGAUCCAGACUUUCUUUAACUCUCCAAAAUUUACCUGUAUCACCCCUCCAUCAAAUGAUCCUAAAGCGGCAACUUUCACUUCCAAGAGGCGGAUGGGUGACUUUCCACGUUGCUUUGUGAGGAGGAGAUGAUGAAGAAUUUCGGCAGCAGUCCCCCUCACAACAGCAACAACCACCACCAGACUCCCAACCACAUCAGAGAGCGACACCACCGAAAGCACGGCUUGCUCUGCGCUCUACCGUGGCGCUUCUCCUUGCGAGGUUAUGGUUUCUGUAUGGCUGCGCUUUUCCUCUUCUGCUUCGGCUCGCUUUGUUACCAGCUGAACGGGGGGGCUCCAAGAAUCCUGCUGGACAUCAGGCAGUAUCUCGGGGAAUCCACGUAUCUGAAUGACCACGGACCACCUGCUCAGAGAGUGCUCCCGUUUCCCAGCCAGGUGGUUUAUAACCGUGUGGGGAAGUGCGGCAGCCGGACAGUGGUCAUCUUACUGAGGCUUUUGGCUGAAAAACAUAAAUUCAACCUUGUCUCUUCUGACAUCCAUAACAAGACACGUCUCAUGAAACAAGAACAGGUGGAUCUAGUGAAGAACAUCAGUAAGAUCCCUCAGCCAUUUCUCUACACAAGACAUGUUCACUUCAUGAAUUUCACCAGGUUCAGGAUAGAGCAGCCUGUCUACAUCAACAUAAUCCGAGAUCCCAUAAGCCGGUUCCUCUCCAACUAUUUCUUCCGUCGCUUUGGUGAUUGGAGAGGGGAGCAGAACCACCUCAUCCGAACACCAGGGAUGAAAAAUGAUGAGCGAUACCUAGAUAUAAAUGUGUGCAUUCUAGAGAAUUACCCUGAGUGCUCCAAUCCACGAGUUUUCUACAUCAUUCCCUAUUUCUGUGGACAACAUCCUAAGUGCAGAGAGCCUGGAGUGUGGGCCUUAGAGAGGGCCAAGCAGAAUGUGCUGGAGAACUACCUCCUUGUGGGUAUCUUGGAGGAGCUGGAAGAUGUUCUGCUCAUGCUGGAGAGACUCUUACCCCAUUACUUUUCUGGAGUACUGGACAUUUAUAAGAGUCCAGAAUAUCGAAAAAUGGGAAACCUGACUGGCACGGUCAGAAAACAUACGCCUACGCUGGAGGCCCUGCAGGUGUUGUAUCACCGCAUGCGCUACGAGUACGAGUUCUAUGACUUCAUCCGUGAUCAGUUUCACCUCAUGAAGAAGAAAAUUGGCCUGAGAUCCACCUCUCGCCCGCCGGUCUACCCGCCUGAUUUCUUACAGGAACUGGCCCUUCGAACACCUGAACCUUUAGAUGAAGAUGAGGAGCUAGACUCAGACCUGGAGGAUGCCAACAGCUGGUUGGUUCAUCCCUGAGGACUGUGGAAACAGUGGAUAAAGCCAAACAAUAGAGUCGACUAAAACUGGCUAAAGAAAGCAUGAGACUCCCAGAGGAAUAGUGGCAGUAUGUCCCAUCUUUUGGCACCUUUGCUUUGGAGAGUUCGCUUUUUUGUCUUCAAGCUCUUAUUAUGAAAGGCCCAGCACUUUGGACUUAAGCAUCUGAAAGAAACAAAAAUGAUCUAUUUAAGAACUGGAUGAGGACAGAUGGAAAUAAUUACAGGCUCAAAUUAUUUCAUGAUUGGUUUUACUGGAGCUUGUUAUGAGGGUUUUAUGAUCUUAACUGUUAUAAUCUCCAGGAGAGAUUAGUGGACAAUUUAAUGUGUUGGGAUAUACACUAAAUGUUGAAGAGGACUUCAGAGACAUUUCCAAUCAGACUUUUAUUUUAUAAAGGUGCUGAUUUAAUAAAAAAAAUUACUUGGAGUGGGGGGGAUAGUGCCAAAAGUGUUGUAUGUAUAUUAGCUGUCCAGGACUGUUAUAAGUGCCAAAUCUCAGUAGGAUUUCCAGUAACUGUGAGACAGGAAGCUUUGGGAUCACAGUUGGUAACAGUUGCAUUAAGUUAAUUUAGUUGUUAUAAGAUGUUUAUAACAUUUUAAGGAAUUGUCAAAUGUUGUAAGGUAUGAAUGAGGGUUAAACCAUACACAUCUAUUAUGAAUUCAGAGAAUUCCACCUAGAUGUACAUGAAUGACUGAGUUUGACCUUGCCGGCAGAGUAAUUUAGAAUAGUUUUGUUAUUUAGGAAAUACAAUUCCUUGACAGUAUGUCAGGGGUAUGAGUCACAUGCUAAAAGCAUUAGGGAGCCUCAUUUGUAAUCCAAAGGUGAAAAGAAAUCAGAGUUUACCAAAUGACAGUGUUUUGCUGUGAUGCUUUUUUAAACUGUAUAAAUAUCCUGCAGGGUUUUUUUUUUUUUUUUUGUGAAAUAAUGCUUUGUGAAAAUCUGCAGCAAAAUGAGGGAUUUGAUCAAAACUGGAUAACAUUUUGCCUUUUAUUUUAACUUGGUUAUGUAAUGGUGAAUGAUAUUUGCUUGCAAGGCAUGGAAGUGUUUGUGCUCUUUAUGUUUUAGAGAGUACUGAAUUCUUAAAGUGAUGUUCUUUAAAGGAUUAUAAGCAGUUAAUUUCUCACCCACAGUAAAUACUCUUUAUAUAUCUUCAUCUAGAGUUUUCUGGAUUUGCUAUUACUACAAGCAAAGGCUAAGCAGAAAUUGUCAAGCACCAAAGCAUUUUACAACAACUGAAAUCUCGAUAACAUUAAACAAGUUUUUUUUUUUUUGUUUGUUUUUUGUUUGUUUUGUUUUUUUAGAUCACCUGAGAAACCUUUAACUAUCAUUAGGUUUGCUUGGCUUUUGUUAUUUACAGAGAAGCCGAUAAUUAUUGAGAUAAUGAAGCUCAGAGAUGUUGCAUCACCAAUAAUGUUUCUGUAUCAAGCAAGUACUUAGAUCAGAUGUGGCCACAUUUCUAGACAGCAUGUAUAAAAGAAAACUUAAUGAAUGUAAGAAGCAAACGUCUCAACUCUGAUUUGCAAAAUUUCUUAGCUGCUUAAUUUUUCUAUAACUGACAGAUGUUUCACACAGAUAAAUAUUAUUGAUGCUUCAGCUCCUAUACUAACUAU